AUAUCCGAAUAUUCGAAUCACGUCUUCUUCUCUCAAACCCUCUUUUAUUUAAUUUCAAAAUUUUAACGCUCUUCUUCUUACCGCAAAAUUAAUCCACCAAACCAGAGGAAAGAGAAAGCGAGAAAGAGGGAUUUCACAUUUUUAUCUACAAGGAGAGAGAAAUCCGCGACUUGAUUCUUUGGCAUCAAAUCGUAUGUUAACGCAAGCUGGAGUUGUUGAGGAUUUCUAUAGAACGUGUAGACCGCCGCCGCCGCCUCAAAGUCCUGUGUGCGAAAUUGAUUAUCCGUUAAAUCAUGAAGUUUCUCGAAUACACCCGCUUAAAUCGUUUAAAUGAUUUCUUGAGUCAUGUAAAUCUUGGUGAGCGUACUAUUAAGGGAUGCUUGGAAGCAUAUUCAUGUAAGCACACAGGGUUAGACAAAAGGCUAUCACUGAGUUUGGAACAUGAGAUUCUUGAUCAUCUUGGAAGAUCAUCGGAUACAGAUUCCCCUUCACCCGCUGAUAAUCUGAUUAGCAGAUCCAGCCGGAAGACGUUGAUUUACUUGGUUCUUACUCUUUACCACAUGUACCCAGAUUAUGACUUCAGUGCAGUGAAGGCUCACCAGUUUUUCACAGAUGAAACCUGGGACAGUUUUGAGCAGUUGUUCGAUUCUUACAUGAGAGAAGCAUCAAAGGAAUGGGUUGAGGCUAAUGGUGGUAGUUCACUCCUUGAAGACUUGUACAAGGCCUUGGAUGAAGUGGUCAAACUCUCUGAAUGUGAAAUUUACAGUUACAAUCCUGACUCCGAUGCAGACCCCUUUUUACAAAGAGGAGCCAUAUGGUCAUUCAAUUUUUUCUUCUACAACAGAAAGCUGAAGUGUGUUGUGAGCUUACGUUUUUGCUGCUUGAGCAACUUGGUGGCUGAUGAAUACCUGACUGACGAGUUGGCUUUUGAGGAAGAUGGGGAAAUAUUUGACAAUAUGGAUAUUUGAGAGCACAUAGUUGUGUUGGUUCAUACUUCAUACCACCUUGGAUGCUUGUUUGAACUGUUUCCAUGUAUCUGAUCACUGACACCUCCGUUGGAUCUGUAACUUGGGUAUUGUGAAGUUUUUAGAGAUUAGAAUUGCUUCCCAACUCGGGAUGCUUUGAUGUACAUAUGCAUCAGGUUGCAUCCAGGCCUCUUAGGGCUUCGGCUUAGGACUUGAAUUGCUGAAUCAUAUACCAUAAAAGUUUCGUUGCACUGUAUCAGUUGUGAAUAACUGAAUUUUAUGGCUUCAUUUUGUUAUUUUUUAUAUAUUGAAUUUUUAGCCUUCGCGAUUUUACA